AUGGCGGCCUUAGCCCUCUCGGGCUCGCCAAUGCUGGACCCGCCGCAGGCUGAUGCCUUUCAGACCCAUCUACUCGCCCUACUUUCUCAAGUCUCGCAACAUCCAUCACCCUCUUACCCUUUUCCUACCAAUGAACCCAUCAGCAAUGAUGCCCUUUCUCUCAGUCCAUACUCAGGCAAGAAGACGCCUGCAGAAGACGCCAUCGAGCGUGCCGUCAUUGCACUCGGUCAAAGGGUUUGGGAUGCGGAGCGAUCACCCAUGGUAAAGGCAGAUCAGAAACCUUCUCCGCAGAAGACGGCGAUUCCUGGACCCGACCUCCUCACUCCGGAAUGGACUCCACCCGUAUCAGAUGUUUCGGCUUCCACCUGCAUUCCCUGUCCUACUUGCUCCCAGCCUCUGGAUGGGUCCAUCUCAACACCCCUAGCCACGGGGCACAACGGCGUCAAUCGUCCCAGCCCCUUGGGUAUCCACCCCAUGGAACUGGAUCUCGACAGUGGCGUACAUGAUGCCGGAUGGAGAGAUAGUCACAAUACCACCGGCAUGUCAGCAGAGAAGGAAUUGGUAUUGCUUAAAGCUCAAGUGCAGGAUAUCGCACGAGUUUGCAAGGCCGUCGCCACGGGAGACCUCACUCAGAAGAUCAUCGUGCCGGUCGAAGGUCAGACCAUGACUGAACUCAAGGAAAUCAUCAAUUCCAUGGUGGACAGACUAAACAACUUUGCCGUCGAAGUGGAGCGCGUGUCGCUAGAAGUAGGAACGGAAGGUAUACUGGGUGGUCAGGCCGUAGUAGAUGGCGUCGAAGGAACGUGGAAGGAGUUGACUGCUGUGGUUAACAAACUCGCCGCCAAUCUUACUAACCAGGUGCGAAGUAUUGCCAAGGUCACCACGGCUGUCGCCAAGGGUGAUCUGAGUGAGACGAUCGACGUGGAGGCGAAUGGAGAAAUUGCUGAGCUCAAGACAACAGUGAACGGAAUGGUGAUGUCAUUGCGGACAUUGGCAGAUGAAGUCAGUCGUGUGUCUCUCGAAGUAGGUUCUCAAGGAAAACUCGGUGGUCAAGCACAUGUCCCAGACGUGGAAGGUGUCUGGAAAGAUCUUACAGUCAAUGUGAACAGAAUGUGUCAGUCCCUUACGAUGCAAGUGCGGUCCAUCGGUAGCGUCACAACAGCUGUCGCCAAGGGAGAUCUGAGUAAGAUGAUUGAAAUAGAGGUCGAGGGUGAGAUGGCUGUCUUGAAGAACACCGUGAAUUCAAUGGUUCGGCAACUGACCGUGUUCGCCAAUGAAGUCACACGUGUCGCUCUGGAAGUAGGCACGGAAGGCAUCCUCGGUGGUCAGGCCAUUGUAGACGGUGUCGAAGGUGUAUGGGAGGAUCUCACUACAAAUGUCAACAAAAUGGCCAGGAACCUUACAGAACAAGUACGAGAGAUCGCUCAGGUGACCAAAUCCGUCGCUCGAGGAGACCUCAGCAAGACCGUCAGCGCCGAUGUGCAAGGAGAAAUCUUGGACCUCAAAAUUACUGUCAACGAUAUGGUUGCCCAACUUACAGUUUUUGCCGCUGAAGUGACUCGUGUAUCUCUUGAAGUAGGAACAGAGGGUAAACUAGGAGGCCAAGCUCAAGUGCCAAACGUGGAGGGAACAUGGAAAGUCUUGACAGAUAACGUGAACCUGAUGGCCUUGAACCUAACGACCCAAGUGCGAUCGCUGGCUGAAGUGACCACAGCUGUCGCCGCCGGUGAUCUCAGUAAGAAGAUCAACGUCGAAGCGUUCGGCGAGAUUCUGGAACUCAAGUCUACUGUGAACGGUAUGGUGGACAGUCUUCGAAGCUUCUCAUCGGAGGUCACUCGUGUCGCUCGGGAAGUAGGCACAGAUGGUCGUCUGGGUGGUCAAGCUCGAGUGCCUGGCGUCGCCGGUACAUGGAAGGAUCUGACAGAUUGUGUGAACGUCAUGGCUGCCAACCUGACGGAGCAGGUGCGAACAAUUGCGCAUGCCACUACCGCUGUCGCCCGUGGUGACCUCACGCAGAAGGUGGUAGGCGUCAAAGCGGGAGGAGAAAUUCUGGACCUGGUGAACACUAUCAACAAUAUGAUUGACCAGCUUGCUAUCUUCGCUGCUGAGGUGACUCGUGUAGCUCGGGAGGUGGGGACAGAAGGUAAAUUGGGAGUGCAGGCCGAGGUCGCCAACAUCGAGGGAACGUGGCAAGAAAUUACAUCCAAUGUCAACACGAUGGCCUCUAACCUGACAUCUCAAGUGCGCGCCUUCGCACAGAUUUCGGCCGCCGCUACCGAUGGAGACUUCACUCGAUUCAUCACUGUCGAGGCAUCCGGUGAGAUGGACUCGUUGAAGACGAAGAUCAAUCAAAUGGUGUUCAACCUGCGUGAGAGUAUUGAGAAGAACACGAAGGCCAGACAAGAGGCUGAGGGUGCCAACAAGAGUAAAUCGGAGUUUUUGGCGAACAUGUCUCAUGAGAUCAGUAGGACUCCAAUGAACGGUAUCAUCGGCAUGACGGUGUUGACUUUGGAAACCGAGUUGACCCGUCAACAAAGAGAGAAUUUGAUGAUCGUAUCCAGUCUGGCGAGCUCCUUGCUCACUAUCAUUGAUGAUAUUCUGGAUAUCUCGAAGAUCGAGGCUGGUCGUAUGACCAUGGAGACCAUCGCCUUUUCGCUCCGACUUGCAGUAUUCAGUGUGCUCAAAACGUUGUGUGUCAAAGCUUCACAAAACAAGUUAGACCUCAUCUUCGAUAUCGAACCCGGCAUUCCGGAUCAGCUGAUUGGAGACCCCCUUCGUCUACGCCAAGUCAUCACCAACCUGAUCGGUAAUGCCGUCAAAUUUACCACCGAAGGAGCUGUAGCUCUCACUUGUCGAUUGAAAGAGGCACGCGAUGAAGAUAUCGAACUGGAGUUCUGCAUCGCCGACACCGGUAUCGGUAUCAAGCAAGAUAAACUCGAUGUUAUCUUCGAUACCUUUGCCCAGGCGGAUGGUUCCACAACUCGAAAAUAUGGUGGUACGGGUCUAGGUUUGACCAUCUCGAAACGUCUCGUCAACCUCAUGUCGGGUAAUCUAUGGGUCGAGUCGGUGUAUGGAGAAGGAAGUCGAUUCUACUUUACGACUUUGGCUCAGAUGGUAAAUGUCGCUCCGGAGAUCAUCACAGAGAGGAUGAGUCCUUGGGCCGGAAGAUAUAUCUUGAUGGUCGAUACACUCAAGACUGCCUCCUCUGUAAGGGAUAUGAUCGCUCAAAUGGGGAUGCAGCCGGUGGUGACCCAUACUUUGGAAGAGACAGAGGAAUUGGUGAAACGUCCCGAUUGUCCACAAUUCGAUACGAUGAUUGUGGAUUCGUUCCCUAUUGCUGAGAAAGUCCGAGCUUUCGAUUUACUUCGAUACAUCCCGACAGUCUUGAUGGUUCCUAGUAACUUACCUCGUGAUUCUGGGUUCCGACCUUUCAUAAAAGUAGACGAUGAUCGACGUCGUCUUCUCGGAUUACCUCUCGAGGCAGAACAAACCUCUUUACCUAUCCCUGUUAAAUUAUGUCUAGACUUUGGGAUAAAUUCUUAUUUCACCACACCGUUGUCAUUACAUGAACUAUCAAACGCUCUCAUUCCUGCUCUAGAGUCUCAUCAAACUCCAUCGGGCGAUAGUGUGAAAGAUACCGUCUUGGACAUUUUGUUAGCAGAGGACAAUUUGGUGAAUCAGAAAUUGGCGGUGAAGUUGUUAGAGACGGCAGGUCAUCAGAUUGACGUGGCGGACAAUGGUGAAGUGGCUAUUGAGAAAUACAAACGAAAACAAUUGGCGAGAAAACCAUACGAUGUCAUUUUAAUGGACGUGUCUAUGCCUGUUAUGGGAGGUAUGGAAGCUACCGGUCGGAUAAGAGAAUAUGAAGAAGCCGAAGGAGUUUUCCGAACUCCAAUUAUCGCUUUGACGGCACAUGCCAUGAUAGGGGACAAAGAACGUUGUUUGGAUGCUGGUAUGACUGAUUAUCUCACCAAGCCUUUGCGUCGAGGAGAUUUACUAGCCGCCAUCGCUAGAGCUCAUUCCGGUUCUAAUCUAGCCCGAGGUCAAGGGGAAGCUUCCAUCGUUCCUUAUGUCGGUGACGCCUCUGCGGCAGCAUCAACCAUGAGUAAUUUGGAAAGAGCAGGAGCGACUAUUACAGCUCUUGAUAGAGCUGAAACUCGCGGUUUCCCGUUGGAUAUAGCCCAAGUUUUGGCCACUUCAGGAAGUCAUCAUCUUCCUUGA